AGUGAGCGGUGGCACCCAACCUCCGAGAGAGACUCAGAAAGAGAGAGAGAGAGCGAGCGAGGGAGGAAGGGAAAGGUCUUCUCUGUCAGCUAUGGCUCCAUGGACACAGACCAUCACCGAGAGAUAUGGCGUCGUCAAGUGGAACUUCACUGCCAACCAUGACAGGCAACUGUCCCUGGAGGUGGGGGACACCGUCCACAUUCAGCUGGCCUGUGAAGGCUGGUACAAGGGGUAUUUGGUGAAGAAUAAGUCCAUGCAGGGAGCCUUUCCUGCCAGCAUUAUUGAGCUGAAAGAAGUCCUUGUUGAAAGACGAGGAAAUGAGGAGGUGGUGCUAUCAUCCGACAUGCCUCUGGUGAAGGAGGUGACCACCACUCUCAGGGAGUGGGGCAGCAUCUGGAAACAGCUGUUUGUGGCCAAUAAGAAAGAGCGUGUUAGUCAGGUCCAGAGACUCAUGUGGGACUUAAUGGAAUGGCGUUCACAGCUCCUGUCAGGGACGUUGCCUAGCGACGAGUUCAAGGAACUGAAGCAGAAAGUCACUUCCAAAAUUGACUACGGCAACCGGAUCCUAGAGCUGGAUCUGGUGGUCAGAGAUGUAGAUGGGAACAUCCUGGACCCAGAUAAAGCCAGCGUGAUCAGCCUGUUCCGUGCCCAUGAGAAAGCCAGCAGCAAGAUAACACAGCACCUCAAAGAGGAACAGAAUAACGACCAGAUGGAUCAUUCUGGAAUCAUUGCUCGCAUCCAGCAGUCUCCCACACACAGCCUCUUUGUGUUCCUCCGUAACUUUGUGUGCCGCAUAGGUGAAGACUCCCAGCUCUUCAUGUCCCUAUAUGACCCCAACAAACAGGCCAUCAUCAGUGAGAACUACUUGGUGCACUGGGGUAGUGCCGGAUUCCCCGCUGACGUCGACAUGCUGAACAACUUGAAGGUCGUCUUCACCGACCUGGGCAACAAGGACCUGAACAGGGAGAAGAUUUAUCUAAUCUGUCAGAUCGUGCGAGUGGGCCGGAUGGACCUGAAGGAGCACCACUCCAAGAAGUGCACCCAGGGCCUGCGCAGGCCGUGCGGGGUGGCAGUGAUGGAUAUCAGUGACAUUAUCAAAGGGAAAUACGAGUCUGAAGAGGAGAAGCAGUAUUUCAUCCCCUUUCAUCCAGUCGUGGCAGAAAAUGACUUCCUUCAUUGCUUGCUGAACAAAUGGACCACAGCAUCCAGAGGAGACAGUGGGGGACAAGGGCUGUGGGUGACGAUGAAGGUGCUGGUGGGAGACAUCGUCCAGAUCCGUAAAGACUACCCUCACCUGGUGGACCGCAACACGGUGGUGGCCAGGAAGCUGGGCUUCCCGGAGAUCAUCAUGCCCGGGGACGUGCGCAACGACAUCUACCUGACCCUGGAUAGGGGGGACUUUGACAAGUACAACAAGACCACGCAGAAGAACGUGGAGGUCAUCAUGUGGGUGUGCGAUGAGGAGGGCAAGGCUGUGCAGAAUUCUAUCUGCCUCGGGGCGGGAGACAAGCACGUGAACGAGUACAAAUCGGUCAUCUACUAUCAGGUCAAGCAGCCCCGAUGGAUGGAGACUUUCAAGGUGUCCAUCCCUCUUGAGGAGAUGCAUCGGAUCCACCUGCGCUUCAUGUUCCGCCACCGCUCCUCCCAAGAAUCCAAGGACAAAAGUGAGAAGAACUUUGCCAUGGCAUUUGUGCGUCUGAUGAAGGAGGAUGGUACUGUGCUGCAAGAUGGACCCCAUGACCUGGUGGUAUUUAAGGGUGACAGUAAGAGGAUGGAGGACGUGAACUGUUACCUGUCCAUGCCCUCCACACGCGGCCAAACGGACUCCCACAAGGGGGCGACGUUGAUGCGCAGCUCCAGCAGUGUUGGGGGGGGCUUGUCUGUCAGCUCCAGAGACACCUUCAUCAUCUCCACCCUUGUUUGCUCCACCAAGCUCACCCAGAACGUGGGUCUGCUUGGUCUGCUCAAAUGGAGAACUCGUCCUGAACUCCUCAAGGAUAAUCUGGAAAAACUGAAGCUGAUUGAUGGAGAGGAGAUUGUGAAGUUUCUGCAGGACACUCUGGAUGCUCUGUUCAACAUCAUGAUGGAGCACUCCCAGACUGAUGACUACGACAUACUGGUCUUUGACGCCCUGAUCUACAUCAUAGGCCUGAUUGCCGACCGCAAAUUCCAGCACUUUAACACUGUGAUGGAGGCUUACAUCAAGCAGCACUUCAGUGCAACGCUUGCCUACAAGAAGCUGAUGUCUGUAUUGAAGAAAUACAUUGAUGUGACCAGUCAAGGGGAGCAGUGCGAGCCAAUUCUUAGGACACUCAAGGCCCUGGAGUACAUCUUCAAAUUCAUUGUGCGCUCCCGCAUGCUCUACUCUCAGCUCUACGAGGGGAAGGAGCAGGGUGAGUUUGAGAACUCGUUGCGGUGUGUCUUUGAGACCUUCAACCACCUAAUGAGAUGUGAAUACAACACCACAGCCCUGCAGCAGGUGGCUGCACUGAAGUACUUGCCAUCCGUAUUGCAUGACGUGGAAACCGUCUUUGAUGCCAAACUACUGAGUCAGCUCCUGUAUGAUUUUUACACCUGCAUCCCCAAAGACACACACCAGAAGCACAAGGUGGCCUCCAUGACAGAGAUUGUCAGCAGCAAACUUUUCAGAAGACAAGAAUGCCGCGAUGUCUUGCUACCCAUGAUGCUUCAGGAGCUGAGUGGUGCCCUGGAGCAGGUUAGUGCCACCCCCUCGGAGGAGCACAAGGACAGCGUGGAGCUCCUCAACAACAUCCUGGAGGUCCUCAGCCGCAGCGACGUGGGUGACACAUUCAAGCAUGUUCAGGCCAUAGUGACCACCUUGCUGAGGAGCAUCAACCGUACGGUCUUCACCAUGGGCAGAGAACACGCUCUCAUCUCUCGUGUGGUGGCCUGUAUGACGGCCAUUCUCAAACAGAUGGAUGACCGCCACUACUCACGCUACAUCGAGACAUUCACAGGGACACAGGACCUGAUGGACUUCCUGAUGGAGACAUUCCUGCUGUUCAUGGAUCUGAUUGGGAAACGCGUGUACCCUUCUGACUGGGUGGCCAUGAUUAUGGUGCAGAACAGAGUCUUCCUCCGAGCCAUCAACACCUUUGCCGACACCAUGAACCUCAAAUUCCUGGACAACAACAACUUUGAAGAGCAGCUGUGGAACAACUAUUUCCACUUGGCCGUGGCCUUCAUUACCCAAGAGUCUUUGCAGCUUCAGCAUUUCUCGCACACGAAGAGAAACAAGAUCCUAGCAAAGUAUGGAGACAUGAGAAGACUAAUAGGAUUUGCUAUUAGAGAUAUGUGGUACAAACUUGGAGUGAAUAAGAUCUGCUUCAUCCCUGGUAUGGUGGGGCCUAUCCUGAGUAUGACUCUGAUUCCAGAGGAGGAGCUAAGGAGGGCCACUAUCCCUAUCUUCUUUGACAUGAUGCAGUGUGAAUACAGCCACUCGAAAGACUUCAAAAAGUUCGAAAAUGAGAUCAUUCUGAAGCUGGACCAUGAAGUGGAGGGUGGAGGAGGAGAUGAGAGAUACAUGGAGCUCCUACAGGCUAUCAUGUUGGACCUGGGUGAAAGAAACCCUCACCUGUUGUCAGAGAUGAAGCAUUUUGUCAGCCUGGUGACAGGCCUGUUGGAGCGUCUCCUUGACUACCGCGCUGUGAGGAGCGACGACAGUCGCAACAACAAGAUGAGCUGCACCGUCAAUCUCCUGAACUUCUACAAGGACAUCAAUCGCGAGGGCAUGUACAUCAGGUACCUGUACAAACUGAGGGACCUGCAUGUGGAUGUUGAAAACUACACAGAGGCAGCCUACACUUUACUUUUGCAUUCCAAACUUCUUAAGUGGUCAGAUGAUCAGGCACCACCUCAGCUGGAGUGCCAUGGCUGUCUGUCUCAGAGGCAGCUCAAGGAGAACCUGUACGACAACAUCAUCGGCUACUUCGACAAGGGCAAGAUGUGGGAGGAGGCCAUCACGCUGUGUAAGGAGCUGGCUGAGCAGUAUGAGAUGGAAGUCUUCGACUACGAGCUCCUCAGUCAAAGUCUGAAGCAGCAGGCCCGAUUCUAUGAGAAUAUCAUGAAAAUCCUGCGGCCUAAACCAGACUACUUCGCUGUGGGAUACUAUGGAUGUGGUUAUCCUUUGUUCCUACGGAACAAGGUGUUCAUCCACCGCGGCAAGGAGUACGAGCGGCGGGAGGACUUCCAGAACCAGCUGCUGAGUCAGUUCCCCAGCUCCAUCCGCCUCAACACCACCCAGAUGCCCGACGACACCAUCAAGAACUCCCCCAACCAGUAUAUCCAGUGUUUCACCGUGCAACCAGUCCUGGAGAUUCCACCACGCCUGAAGAGCAAGCCUGUCCCUGACCAGAUCAUUGAUUUCUAUAAGUCAAACUACGUGCAGCGUUUCCACUACUCCAGGCCAGUGAUGAAGGGCACAAAGGAUCCCAACAAUGAAUUUGCUUCUAUGUGGAUUGAGCGCACUACCUUCUCCACUGCCUACAAGCUCCCUGGUAUUCUGCGCUGGUUCGAGGUCACACAGAUGACUCACGCCUCCAUCAGUCCCUUGGAGAAUGCCAUUGAGACGAUGAGCAACUCCAAUGAGAAAAUCCUCACCAUGAUCAACCAGUACCAGGGCGAUGAUAGCCUUCCCAUAAACCCACUGUCUAUGCUGCUGAAUGGCAUUGUGGAUCCGGCUGUCAUGGGGGGCUUUGCCAAGUAUGAGAAGGCCUUCUUCACAGAGGAGUAUAUACAGAGCCAUCCGCAGGACAAAGAAAACCUCGCCCGCCUUAAGGAUCUCAUCGCCUGGCAGGUUCCUUUACUGGGCAGAGGGAUCUCGCUCCACGGGAGGAAACUGGUGGAGGACCUGAGGCCGUUCCACGACCGCAUGGAGGAGUGCUUCCAACAGCUGAAGAAGAAGGUGGAGACGGAGUACGGCAUCAGAGAGCUGCCGGAGAUGGAUGAUCGGAAGUCGAGUCGUCCUCGUUCAGUUCUUCGCUCCUACCGUCAGUCCAUCAUCUCCAUCUCCUCGCUGGCCGGAUCGGAGUGCGGGACCCCCACCAAAACCCAACCUGAGAGCUCUUUCUCUCUGGACUCGGGCGUUCCCCUCACCCCCACCCUGCCCCGCUCCAGUGGCAGCAUCAGCGUGAUUGACGAGGGAGGCAACGAGGUGGAGGUGCGUCUGCGCAAGUCCAAACGCAAGAAGAAGAGGAGCAGCAUGAUCUUCAUCAGCGAGGAGAAAGAGAAGGCCAACGAAAGCAAACGGCUGUCCAAGAAGCAAGAGUUCCGCAGUGACACCAACCUGUCAGAGCCAAACGAAGGACUAAGUCACACCAGUGCCAACUCCAGAUCACUGCCUGCAAUAACAGGCCUGUCUCUGUCUGUGGCCAAUGGGGGAGAGGAAGUGGAUUCGGCGCGCUCCAGGCGGGACAGCAAGAGCAUGUCCGUGUGUCUGUCGGACAGAACCACAGACCGGCGCUCCAAAGGCGUCAUCGGCCUCUUAUUCAAGAGCAAGAGCUCCAAAUCAGACGAAAAGAAAUCCUCAGGAGACUUGACAUCUGACAAAAAUUCCAAUCACUUUUAAACUGCUUUCAAGAAGACACUUCUUCAUCGUACUCGAGCAUUGAGUCUUACCUCUGCUGUCGCUCCGAUCAUAUGUGCCUUUGCCAAACUACUGCCUGGCCAGUUUAAGGAAAACACAUUUUAUAGGAUUCUAUUCAUCAGCACACAAAUAUAUUUUGUAUUGUUGCCAUUGAUUACAGCUUGGAAUAUAAUCAGUGCUGUAAACGUAAUAAAGAUAUUCUUUUGAUGCCA